AUGACCAUCGAAGAGGUUAAGCCUUUAGGCUCCGGUCCUGGCGACGCGACCUAUCAGAACAAAGAUACGAAAGAGAAAACGCCUGGGAGUGAAUCGAUUUCUUCCUCUUCUACCGAAGAUAAUCGCGGAGAAACAAAAUCAAUCCAUCGCGCUUUUGAUACGACUGAAGAUCCUAUUUACUAUAAGCCCAUCGAAAGCUAUGAGGGUUAUCAUCGCUGGGACCCCGAGUUCCAAUGGACCGAGGAGGAAGAGAAAGCUGUUGUUAAAAAGAUUGAUUGGCGAGUAUGCACCUUUGCCUGUAUUACCUUCUUCGCUCUUCAGCUAGAUCGAGGUAAUAUUGUCCAGGCCACCUCCGAUACUUUACUGUCAGAUCUAGGAAUGACGACAAAUGACUACAACAUGGGUCAAACCAUUUUCUACCUGACCUUCCUUUUUGCGGAAAUGCCGUCUCAGUUGAUUUCCAAAUGGGUCGGCCCAGAUCGUUGGAUCCCAAUUCAAAUGGUCACCUGGAGCUUGAUUGCAGCUUGUCAAGCCUUCGUUCAAAAUAAGAGCAGUUACUACGCUACCAGAGCCUUGCUCGGCCUUAUCGAGGGUGGCUUUAUUCCGGAUACCAUUCUCUUCCUCUCAUUUUGGUACAAGACCAAAGAGCUCCCUAUUCGUCUCAGCUAUUUCUGGAUAUCUUACGAGGGUACCUCUAUUGUCAGCGCAUUUUUGGCAUAUGGCUUCUUACACAUCCAUAACUCGGAAGGUACCGGUGGCUGGCGUUACCUGUUCGCUUUCGAAGGAUUGAUUACCGGCUUAAUUGGAAUCAUCGCGGCGCUCUGGAUGCCGGCCUCCCCUACCCAGACUAAAGGUUGGCUCCGUGGAAAGGAUGGCUGGUUCAAUGAACACGAAGAAAAGAUCAUGGUCAACCGUAUUCUACGCGAUGACCCUAGCAAGGGCGGUAUGCAUAAUCGACAGCCUGUCACCCCCAAAAUGCUCUGGAAGGCCCUCAAGGACUACGAUAUGUGGAUCAUUUACUUGGUUGGUCUAACAUGGAUGAUCCCCAACACACCAGCGGCCAGCUAUAUCAGUUUAGAACUGAAAUCACUCGGCUUUAGUACCUUCCAUACUAACCUGUUGACUAUUCCUGCCUAUGUGAUAUUCAUUAUCAACUUACUCUGGAUCACUUGGGUCUCGGAAAAAUUCAAUCAACGUCUGUUGCUUGGUGCCUUUGCGGAAUUCUGGGCUAUUGUCCUUCUGAUUGCUCUUGAGGUUCUUCCUGAUGGUGCUAGUGCAUGGGCUCGAUGGGUUUUGAUUACCUUGCUCAUUUCCAUGCCAUAUGUGCAUGCAAUUGUUGUUGCAAUUACAUCUCGUAAUGCUGGAACAGUUCGGACUCGGACAGUUGCGACGGCGCUUUACAAUAUGUCCGUGCAAAUCAGUAGCAUUAUUGGAAGCAAUAUUUAUCAAACGAAAGACAAGCCAUAUUACCGUACUGGAAAUGCAGUCCUAAUUGCUCUAGCCGUCUGGAGUUUGCUGCUAUUCAUUGCUGCAAAGUUUUACUAUGUGUGGCGCAACAAGCAAAAUGCUGCUAUCUGGGGUGCUAUGUCGAGCGAGGAGAGAGAGCGAUACGUCGCUGAAAAUAAGGACCUUGGAAACAAGAGAGUUGAUUUCCAAUUCCUACAUUAG